CCGCGAGAGCGCAGCGCGCGAUUCCCCCCCGGCUCGUCGGUGGCUCGGUGGGCACAGCACCUGGGGGUAGCCCCGGACGGGGAUGGUCAGCGGCUGCGGCCGUCUGGCACGCGAGCGGGACGCGGCGAGGGCACCAUGGCGCUGACGCCCCAACGCGGGUCCUCCUCGGGGUUGAGCCGGCCGGAGCUGUGGCUGCUGCUGUGGGCAGCCGCGUGGCGUCUGGGGGCCACGGCGUGCCCCGCCCUCUGCACCUGCACCGGCACCACCGUGGACUGCCACGGCACGGGCUUGCAGGCCAUCCCCAAGAACAUCCCGCGGAACACCGAGCGCCUGGAGCUCAACGGCAACAAUAUCACUCGGAUCCAUAAGAAUGACUUCGCUGGACUCAAGCAGCUCCGAGUGCUGCAGCUGAUGGAGAACCAGAUUGGAGCUGUGGAACGCGGAGCUUUCGAUGACAUGAAGGAGUUGGAACGGCUACGCCUGAACCGCAACCAGCUGCACGUGUUGCCUGAACUACUGUUCCAGAACAACCAAGCUCUCUCCAGACUGGACCUGAGUGAGAAUGCUCUCCAGGCUGUGCCCAGGAAAGCUUUCCGGGGAGCCACAGACCUCAAAAAUCUACAGCUGGACAAGAACCAGAUCAGCUGCAUCGAGGAAGGGGCCUUCCGUGCCCUGCGGGGACUGGAGGUUCUGACCCUGAACAACAACAACAUCACCACCAUCCCCGUGUCCAGUUUCAACCACAUGCCCAAGCUUCGGACCUUCCGCCUGCACUCCAACCACCUGUUCUGUGACUGUCACCUGGCCUGGCUCUCACAGUGGCUGAGGCAGAGGCCCACCAUCGGGCUCUUCACCCAGUGCUCAGGGCCCGCUGGCCUUCGGGGCCUCAAUGUGGCCGAGGUGCAGAAGAGCGAGUUCAGUUGCUCAGGCCAGGGGGAGGCCACACAAGCACCCACCUGCGCCCUCUCUUCCGGCUCCUGCCCAGCCAUGUGUACCUGCAGCAGCGGCAUCGUGGACUGCCGUGGCAAAGGCCUCACCGCCAUCCCGGCUAACCUGCCUGAGACCAUGACCGAGAUCCGCCUGGAGCUGAACGGUAUCAAAUCCAUCCCUCCAGGAGCCUUCUCUCCCUACAGAAAGCUGCGCAGGAUAGACCUGAGCAACAACCAGAUUGCUGAGAUAGCGCCCGAUGCCUUCCAGGGCCUCCGCUCCUUGAAUUCGCUAGUCCUCUAUGGCAACAAGAUCACAGACCUGCCCCGAGGCGUGUUUGGGGGCCUGUACACUCUCCAGCUGCUGCUUCUGAAUGCCAACAAAAUCAACUGCAUCCGGCCCGAUGCCUUCCAGGACCUACAGAACCUCUCUCUGCUCUCCCUGUAUGACAACAAGAUCCAGAGUCUCGCCAAGGGCACCUUCACCUCCCUGCGGGCCAUCCAGACACUGCAUCUGGCCCAGAACCCAUUCAUCUGUGACUGCAACCUCAAGUGGCUGGCAGACUUCUUACGUACCAACCCCAUUGAGACAAGUGGGGCCCGCUGUGCCAGCCCCCGGCGUCUUGCCAAUAAGCGUAUUGGACAGAUUAAAAGCAAGAAGUUCCGGUGCUCGGCCAAAGAACAGUACUUCAUCCCAGGGACAGAGGAUUACCACCUGAACAGCGAGUGCACCAGUGACGUGGCGUGUCCCCACAAGUGCCGUUGCGAGGCCGGUGUGGUGGAGUGUUCCAGCCUGAAGCUCUCCAAGAUCCCUGAGCGCAUCCCCCAGUCCACGGCUGAAUUACGACUGAACAACAAUGAGAUUUCUAUCCUAGAGGCCACUGGGUUGUUUAAGAAACUCUCGCACCUGAAGAAAAUAAACCUGAGCAACAACAAGGUGUCGGAAAUCGAAGACGGGACGUUUGAGGGUGCCGCCUCUGUCAGCGAGCUGCACCUGACUGCCAACCAGCUGGAGUCCAUCAGGAGCGGCAUGUUCCGUGGUCUGGAUGGCUUGCGGACCCUCAUGCUGAGGAACAACCGCAUCAGCUGCAUCCACAAUGACAGCUUCACGGGGCUGCGCAACGUGCGGCUCCUGUCACUUUACGACAACCACAUCACCACCAUCUCCCCUGGGGCCUUCGACACCCUCCAGGCCCUGUCCACCCUAAACCUGCUCGCCAACCCCUUCAACUGCAACUGCCAGCUAGCCUGGCUGGGCGACUGGCUUCGGAAGAGGAAAAUUGUGACAGGAAACCCACGCUGUCAGAACCCAGACUUCCUGCGGCAGAUUCCCCUGCAGGAUGUGGCCUUUCCUGACUUCAGGUGUGAGGAAGGCCAGGAGGAAGCAGGCUGCCUGCCCCGCCCCCAGUGCCCCCAGGAGUGCGCCUGCCUAGACACGGUGGUCCGGUGCAGCAACAAACACCUCCAGGCCCUGCCCAAGGGCAUCCCCAAGAAUGUCACAGAACUCUAUUUGGACGGAAACCAGUUCACCUUGGUGCCAGGACAGCUGUCUACCUUCAAGUAUCUGCAGCUUGUGGACCUGAGCAACAACAAGAUCAGUUCCUUAAGCAAUUCUUCCUUCACCAACAUGAGCCAGCUGACCACACUGAUCCUCAGCUACAAUGCCCUCCAGUGCAUCCCUCCUCUGGCCUUCCAGGGGCUCCGUUCCCUGCGCCUGCUGUCUUUGCAUGGAAACGAUGUCUCCACCCUCCAAGAGGGCAUCUUUGCAGACGUGACAUCUCUGUCUCAUCUGGCCAUUGGUGCCAACCCCCUGUACUGUGACUGCCACCUCCGAUGGCUCUCCAGCUGGGUGAAGACUGGUUACAAGGAACCUGGCAUUGCCCGCUGUGCUGGACCCCCAGAGAUGGAGGGCAAACUGUUGCUCACCACACCUGCCAAGAAGUUUGAAUGCCAAGGUCCCCCAAGCCUGGCAGUUCAGGCCAAGUGUGAUCCCUGCUUGUCCAGCCCAUGCCAGAAUCAGGGCACCUGCCAAAAUGACCCUCUUGAGGUAUACAGGUGUGCCUGUCCCAGCGGCUACAAGGGCCGAGACUGUGAGGUGUCCCUGGACAGCUGUUCUAGCAACCCCUGUGGAAAUGGGGGAACCUGCCAUGCCCAAGAGGACAAGGAUGCUGGCUUCACGUGCGCCUGUCCUUCUGGCUUUGAAGGGCCGACCUGCGGAGUGAACACAGACGACUGUGUGGAGCAUACCUGUGUCAAUGGGGGCGUCUGCGUGGACGGCGUGGGCAACUACACCUGCCGGUGCCCCCUGCAGUACACAGGAAGGGCCUGUGAGCAGCUGGUGGACUUCUGCUCCCCGGAUCUGAACCCGUGUCAGCAUGAGGCCCAGUGUGUGGGCACCCCGGAUGGGCCCAGGUGUGAGUGUGUGCCAGGGUACACGGGUGCCAACUGCAGCGAAAAUCAGGACGACUGCAAGGACCACCGCUGUCAGAACGGGGCCCAGUGUGUGGAUGAGAUCAACAGCUACUCGUGCCUUUGUGCCGAGGGCUACAGUGGACAGCUCUGUGAGAUCCCACCUGCCCCCAGGAGCCCCUGUGAGGGGACUGAGUGCCAGAAUGGGGCCAACUGCAUAGACCAGGGCAACCGGCCCGUAUGCCAGUGCCUGCCAGGCUUCGGAGGCCCCGAAUGUGAGAAAUUGCUCAGUGUCAACUUUGUGGACCGGGACACUUACCUGCAGUUCACUGACUUGCAGAACUGGCCUCGGGCCAACAUCACUCUUCAGGUGUCCACAGCAGAGGACAAUGGGAUCCUCCUGUACAAUGGGGAUAACGACCACAUCGCAGUUGAGCUGUACCAGGGCCAUGUCCGUGUUAGCUAUGACCCAGGCAGCUACCCCAGCUCUGCAAUCUACAGUGCUGAGACGAUCAACGACGGGCAGUUCCACACUGUCGAGCUGAUCACCUUUGACCAGAUGGUUAACCUCUCCAUUGAUGGCGGCAGCCCCAUGACCAUGGACAACUUUGGCAAGCACUACACGCUCAACAGUGAGGCCCCUCUUUAUGUGGGAGGAAUGCCUGUAGAUGUGCACUCGGCUGCCUUCCGCCUGUGGCAGAUCCUCAAUGGCACCAGCUUCCACGGUUGCAUCCGGAACUUGUACAUCAACAACGAACUGCAGGACUUCACCAAGACACAGAUGAAGCCGGGCGUGGUGCCGGGCUGUGAGCCCUGCCUCAAGCUCUACUGCCUGCAUGGCAUUUGCCAGCCCAACGCCACCCCUGGGCCCGUGUGCCACUGCGAGGCUGGCUGGGGGGGCCUGCACUGUGACCAGCCAGUGGAUGGCCCCUGCCAUGGCCACAAGUGUGUCCAUGGGAAAUGUGUGCCCCUCGAUGCUCUUGCCUACAGCUGCCAGUGCCAGGAUGGGUACUCAGGGGCUCUGUGCAACCAGGUCGGGGCUGUGGCAGAGCCCUGUGGGGGUUUGCAGUGCCUGCAUGGCCACUGCCAGGCCUCAGCCACCAAAGGGGCACACUGUGUGUGCAACCCAGGCUUUUCAGGCGAGCUGUGUGAGCAAGAGUCCGAAUGCCGGGGGGACCCAGUCCGGGACUUUCACCAGGUCCAGAGGGGUUAUGCCAUCUGCCAGACCACGCGCCCGCUGUCAUGGGUGGAAUGCCGGGGCACGUGCCCAGGCCAAGGCUGUUGCCAGGGCCUGCGCCUGAAGCGGAGGAAGCUCACUUUCGAGUGCAGCGAUGGGACCUCAUUUGCUGAGGAGGUGGAGAAGCCCGCCAGGUGUGGCUGUGCCCAGUGCGCGUAAUGUGCAGGUGGCACACUAGCAGCUGGGCUGGGGCAAGCAUCACCAGGAUGGCGCCCGGGUCCUGGUGGGCGCAGGGACACUGAGCUGCCUUUCCAGUGGACUGCACUGCCAGGGCAGAGGAGCAAGGCCCCGGUCUGCCGCACCCUCUCCCAAAGUGCCUUGCACAGAUAGGCGCUUAAUAAAUAUUUGUUGAAUGAAUGUGUGUGUGAGGUCAGGCCACAAAUGGUGGCAGAAUGGUGGCACUCCUCUGCCUGCUACCUGGGACUGAAAAGGGGGUGCUAAACUCUGUCUCCACUAGCUUCUCCCUGAGCCUGCGACCUCGAAACAGUUAAUGUCCCAUAGCCUCUGGCUCCUCUUAGGACAACCACCUCCAGGGGUGUUGUGGCCAGGCUUCUGCAGCCAUGCCUACUGGCACUUCCUGUCAUGGGGAAGGGACUGACCUUCCUCCUUGAGUCCUAUGCUCUAUUGCUUCUACAGGUUGUGAAAGAGGCUAGGGUAGGGUGGGGUUUGCCCAGGGCCAGGCCUGUGAAUCCUGAAGUAUAGGACGAACAUGUUAGCUUCUAUGAGGGGGUCCUUGUGCUUGCGGUGGCAAGGCCCCACCAAAAAGGGAAUGAGUUCUUGGCUCUAGCUGAAUAGACAUCAUGGGCCACAGAAGCAGCAUUGGGCCUAGGUUUCCUAGCCAAAAGCUGCUGGUGCCUCUAGCAGAGGAGGGAUGAGGAGACCCCUCAGCUGGAGGCCUGGUUUGGAGCAUUGUGCUGAGUAUGCAGCGAGAGGAAGUCAGAUGAUACUAAAGGGGUCCUUGUGAUGUGGCUCUGGGCAGACUUCUGCCCCUUCCAGGCUUUAGGUCUCAGCUGUGAAGCAGGGAGGUAGAUGGGAACCAUGUAGAUGCUGCCACUCUGGUCUCAGGAGGGAGGCCGGAGAAGUUAGAUCCAUUUCCAUUAACUUCAUUAGCAAGUAUUUGUGUGUCUAAUCUGAAGUGGGUUCUGUGGGAGAGAACCCACGUGGCUCUCAGCCCUGAUGUGAACUAAUGCCUGAGGACCAUGCGGUGCCCAGAAUGGGCCAGGCCAUAGCUACUCACUCUGGGGCUUUGCUGUGAAGGCUGUUUGAAGCCACUAGAUACAUGGCUGGCUGACAAGAGGGGCCUCUCUUCCUUGCAGAGUGGAAUGUAGAAAGAUGAGGUUUGAGCCUAACAGGGAGCUGCUGAAGGGAGAAAGGGUUAUAAAGAGCCUCCCUGAGAGGCUGUAGCCCUGGUCUGUGUGUGGAGGUGGGCCAGAGGUGUGAGCAUGCCUCUCUCUCGGCUCUGUAUGUACAGAGGGUGGAAUGGCCUCAUGCCUGCGUCACUGCCUGUGUGGACACCGAGAGGAGCCUCUGGUGCUGGUGAGGGCACAAGUCUCCUGGAUUUGAGAAGAGGGCACCUCCUAUCACAAUGGCUCUCAAGCCAACCAGGCUCUGGGGUGGCCAGAGAACCUUGCCUUGAUCAACUGGCUAAGUGUCCUCAUGACAUGCCAGGACCCAGGACUCCAUUUUCUUAUGGCCCCGAGCAAGGGCUACAGUGCACAGAUCCACAACUGGCUAAGAGGGCAGAGGCCCAGACCUCUAGGGGUUUUAACCAACUCUGCCUAGCAUUUUUCUCUUUCUCCAAUCUUCCAGGUCAUUGUGGGGACCAGGCUGCACAGGGCAGAAAAGCUUAGGCGUGCAUUUUGACAUCCCUUUCCAGAAAUAAAGGUGUUCUGGCCUCAGCCCCAUGGAAGUCACUUUCCCAGCCACUGUCAUUCCCUAUUGGCCAAGAAAAGCCAAUUCUUGGGCUUGAGAGGCAUGGUGGCAGGUUUGCUCACAACGCUGAAGGUGGGACACCUGCAGUGAGGUGAUGCUGCACUUCCCAGGGCCUUGGGAUGGGAGGUGAGAGGCUGGUGCAAUGGUUCCAGAGAUCCUUGUGAACACUGAAGGCCCCUUCACACCCACAGCCCUCACACCACUGAAUCUGAGGGUCAAGACUCAUUGCAAAGGAGGGCAGCAAAGGCAAGAGACCCCUGAGCCCCAGGUUCAGCUUUACCUUUGAGUUAGUCUGUACCUUGCAAGCCAAGGGCCUGGGCUAUCAUUCCCAUCACCUGUUCACACCUGGGUUUGCAAGGCCAGCUAAGAAGGCGGCUGUGAGACAAGCCCUUUGAGAAAUCAUCUCCACAUUGUGUUCCCCUUUGGUAAAGAUCUUCAGUUUGCUUUGUGGUCAACACUGGCUAUUUCCAUUAGAUGUGCACAGCAGAGACCCAGUGGGGCAAGUCCUUAAGGAACUGAUACUCGGGCAGCACUGCUCAGAGCCCUGUGGCGAUGCUAAGAAAUGGAAAAGGCCAUCUUUGUUCCUUCUUUGCCUGCUGUUAGCCUAACCGUGAAAGUAUGUCUUUAUACAGAAUACUUACAGAUUCUAAUAUAUAUUUGUAUUUCAUUUUGUUAUAGUAUUUUUAUAUGUUAAAGUCAACCUCCAGUGUCUUAUUUUGAUUUCCAGAUGCUAUGUGGUUGUGACCUUUUGUUUGGGGUUUUGGUAGUCUUGUUUGGGUCAACUCUUAGAAACUGGCUUACAACAGCCCCUGAGGGAGCUGCCCUUCCUUUCCCCACAAGUAUUGUUUUAGAAUGUCAGUAUUGUCUGCUGUCUUCCAUGUGAACAUGACAUUGAUUC